CUUGUUGAAGACAAUACCACUUCCCCCACCCCUAGUCAGGAUGAUGUUAUAUGCCUCUCCAGGGAAGCGGCUGAUCUUUUUGAGCAGGAAGUUGGCAUCUAUGAUAAAAUGAAAGUAAAAGAGAAGUCAUCAGAUUCACAGUGGUUAAAAUCUGUUGUAAGCUCAGGAACAUUGAAUGACAAAGUUGCUGCACUCACUGUUCAAGUCCAGGAAUCUGCUGUACACGGUCUUAAAACCUUAGAUAUAUUAAUUGGCAUGGCUAAAAAGAAGGGUAGAAGAGAGAGUAUUAUAGCUGUAGACAUGUUGAAAGAACUUUGGAUGACCCUUCUACUUCCAAAUAAUCGCAAGCUUAAAAAAUUUGCUCAGCAUCCACUGUUGUCAUUAGUUGAGAUUGUCCACAAGGGUGGUGGCUGGGAUGAACGAGACAGACGUCUUAUUCUGUGGUGCUUUGAGGAGCAGCUGAAACAGAGAUAUCAAGAGUUUGUUGAAGUUGUUGAGAAACUUCUUCAGGACACUUUGGUAAACAUCAGAAGCAAAAUACUGGGAGCUGUGUUUGACUUAUUGUCAGAGAAACCAGAACAGGAACAAGUUUUGUUAAGUUUACUGAUAAACAAGAUAGGAGAUCCUGACAGGAAAAUAGCAUCAAAAGCAGUUUAUCUGUCAAGAUCAUUAGUAACUAAACAUCCAAAUAUGAAAUUAGUGGUCACCAAGGAGAUCGAAAAACUUCUCUACCGACCCAACAUUGCCAUUAAAGCUCAAUAUUUUUCAGUGUGUUUUCUCAAUCAGUUAAUCCUUACCAAACAAGAUGGUGAACUUGCCACCAGACUUAUAUCCAUAUAUUUUUCAUUCUUUCGGGCUUUUUUAACAAAGGGUGAAUUAGAAGCAAAAAUGUUGAGUGCUCUUCUUACUGGAGUAAACAGAGCGUUUCCAUAUGCAAAAGAAGAGGACGAACAGUAUAAUGAACAAAUAAACACUCUGUUCCGAACAGUGCAUAUUGGAACAUUUAACACGAGUGUACAGGCUCUGAUGUUACUUUACCAAGUCAUGGAAUCAAGGCAGUCCGUGUCAGAUCGCUUUUAUUCCGCCCUUUAUGCUAAACUCCUGGAUCCAAAUCUGAAAACAUCUGGUAAACAGGCCGUGUUCUUGAAUAUUUUGUACAAGUCCGUUAAAAGUGACCCUUCAUUGCAUCGUGUUAAGGCGUUUGUAAAACGUAUCGUACAAGUUUGCAGUUUCCAACAGCCAUCAUUCGUCUGUGGAGCGCUAUUUAUGAUUUCCGAGCUUACAAAGCUGAAGCCAGGAAUCAAGAGCCUAACACAGCAACCAGAGGUUUCUUGACAGAUUUGUGUACAAAAACCCAAAGCAGAAGGAACGAGAUCACGGUGGUUCACUGAUGCAGCCGAAAACGUCAUCAAGCCGGCUGGCCGAGGAGCCUGUGAAUACGAAAGAGUUUCUUGCUAAAAAAGAAGAAGAUAUAAGAGAAGAUGAACUGUUCUUUCACAGGUAUUUCAAGCGGAAAGCAGAAAAGGAAAGUCAACGGAAGAAGAAAGCUGGUGAAUCUGACGAUGAAAUAUCUGAAAAGGAAACAAAUUUCGACAAUGUUCUAGAGGAGCGAUCUAGCUUUGAGUAUGACUUCGCGAGUGACUUGAAGAGUUCCAAAAUGUCUACGGCGAGUAAAAACAAAGCAAUCGCCAGCGAUGAGGAGGACGAAGGAGAAGACGAAAACAGCGAGGGUGAAAGUGACGACGAAGAAUUGGAGGGAAAAGAAUUUGAUUAUGACGCUAUGGAUUUGUCAUCUUCUGAAGAUGAACAAGCAGAGGAGCCAACUACUACACAAGGCAAGAAAAGAAAAUUUACGGAAAAGGAUUACGAGAAGGCUUUGCUCGAAAACCUGAGCUCAGAUGAACUUUCUGAGGACGAGGGAAGCCAGACCACGAAAACGAAGUCCAAAAAGGGAAACACUGAAGGGGGAGAUGUUUCUUCAGUGUUUGCGUCUGCUGAAGAGUUCGCCCAUCUGCUUGAAAAUUCCAAAGCUUCAAGAGGUGGCACCUAUGAUGUCAAACGAGGGAGCGCCAGCGACAAGCAACUUCGAUGGGAAGAGAAAAAGGCUGGGAAAAACUGGAAUACAAAGAGAGGAAAUCGGGGUCGUGGAAGGGGCGGAAGUAAAGGUCCGCGAAGAGAAUCCAAUGUCAAUCGAAGAACAAAUUUUAGAUCAAAAGGAAGAGGUGGAAAAAGGCCAUGAUAGUACAAUCUGCCCUCUUCUUGAUCUGUUUGCGUAGAAAUGCAUCCAAUGUCAGGGCAUGAUAUGAAAGUGACACAACGAAGAGUUACUAAUUGGAAAGUGGAUUUCAAAAGGCAAAAGUUCUCAGAAUUACCUAUUAACCUAGGAAUGGACGUUACUGUAAAUGAAUGCUAUGGUUUGAACAAUUUUACUUUGAUUAUCUUGCAGUUUUCGAUUAAUUCAUCUUGGUUUUUUUGUCAAUAGUAUCCUUUACUCCUCUCUGAACAUUUAUGGCAGACUUGUCAUCUCAUCUCUCACUCGUUUAGUUUUUUUUCUUUCCACUGAAAAGCCUUCUCUCUCGAUUUAUCAAGCGGCCUCGACAUGAAAGGAAAUAAACUGAUCAAUUUGGGUGAUGCCAA